UAAAACUAUUUUUUCAAAAUCAAUUUAGAUAAUAACCCAUUCCACCCAUUUGUACUUAAAUUUAUUUCAUUUUCGACCCAUUUCAACAUCUCACCUGUGCUUUAUUAUCAGUGAUUGCAAUAGAUAACGUUGUUAGUAAGUGUUGUAGUAGUAUGGACAUGUUUAUGAUUCCUGAAUUUAAAUAGAUAAUGUUAAUAAAGCCUAACAAAGGAAACAAUUUCGAUUGUUUUCUAACCAUAACCAUAAAUAAAUUAAAACUCCUUUAUUUUGUUUAUGAAAGUUCUAGAUCAUUUUGAAAUCGCGUAUCCCUAAAUCACAUCCAUAUUUUGACAUCACAUCAUUUGUUUUGACUGCAGAGGCUCCGAUAUAUAACUAGCUUUAUGUACUCAUUAUCUAAGGUUACAUCUAUCUUAAUAAAUCGGUUGUAAAUCGAGAUUGCAUCUGCAUCAUUUACUGAAAUAAUUGUAAUAUUUCCGAAUAAUAUUUUAUGUGCUGAUUUAUUUCGAUGGUUUCAAUUUAUCAAUCGUAUUCGUUAUUUUUUCCAUAACGCCUUAAAAUUUGUGUAAAAAUCAGAUCAUCAAAUGUAUUAUAAUGUUAUAAGAACACAUUGUAAUUAUCUAAAUUUAAGAUAUCUAUAUUACACAUUAUCAUAGUUUGUAAUAUGACAAAAUUUCAUAUAUUAUGUAUAUUAAAAAGAAUAUCAUUACAUUACGAAAAAAGGAAUGUGUUGAUGUCACUAUUUAUUCGGUUGAAAAAGUAUAUUAUAUGGUGCAUUAUACUGUAGAAAUGUCUUUUUGGGUAAAAAUAAGACCUUAUGUGAAGCCUGAAGGACCAUUCUACAAUAUUCAAGCAGGGUUUGAAUGGUGCUUCUAUGAGGUUGUUUACAGAAUAAGAGAGAUUGGCAUAUUUAUACACAGUAUAUCUAUUAUUAAUAAAUAUGGUAAUGCAGCUCAAAUCGAUUAUAUACUAUGAGAGAAUAAAGCAUAGUUUGAUGAAUUUAAAUUCAUCUUUCAAAAUUGUAUGAACAUGGAAUGAAAGAAUUUAUCAGAUAAAAACUUGUAUUUAUUUAGAUAGGUAUAAAAUUGUUAGCUUUUCAUUUGUGUGUAUGCAUUUGUCAUUUGCUUCUAUUAGGUAUAUUUAUCUUAUCAUUAAUUUUUUCACUUUCUUGUAAGCAUAUUUAUUGCAUGUUUAGAGUUCAUGUUUUUAAUACUCUUUACAUUUUUAUUUAAUGUCGCGGGUACCAGUAUAGAUGUCUAUAAGUCUGUUUUCGCAUUUAUUAGUUUAUACCCAACUCUAUUUAGUUUUCUUACGUUUGAUGUAGACUAAGGACUUUUUAUUUAAAGGAAAGUGAAGUAAUCAUCGAGGAGCUACAGGACGACGAUUAUUUUGACUAUGCGAAUAUGCCCCCUCUGGUCAAUGUUCCUUCUCCAAUAUACUUAUCCCAUACAAACCCCCCGUUCAUAUACAAAUAUGUAGGAGAUCAAGUAAAAAUUCUCCAAGUGAUAGGCAAUUACCAGUUCGAUCCGAAAGUAAAUGAUAAAAUGGAAGCUACAUUAACUUUAGAUCAAACAAACUCUUUACGAAAAUUUUCACAAGAAACUGUCAUACAAGAUAUAAUUAAGCAAUCAGAAAACGAAUAUGUAGUCAAAGAAAACUUUACACAUACUCCUGAACCGGGCGAGAAACGUGAGAGUAAUAUUAAAUAUGAUAAUCUCAAUGAACCUAUAGAAUGCAAAUCUGAAAUUGUCGAAGAAACUAUAGAAUCCAAAGUUGAAGUCAAAGAAAUUGAAUCUAAUACAAAAACAGAUAUCAUACAGGAUAUUGCAUCGACAAACCUCGAGAGAUCAAUAGAAUUUAAAUCUUCUGAAAUUGACAAACAAAAUGUAGAACCUAAACUUGAAGUCAAACAAAUCGAAUCUAAUACAAAAACUGGCAUACAAGAUAUUGAUUCGACAAGCCUCGAGAUAUCAAUUAAUGAGAAUCUUUCUGCUGAAAGUGAUGAUGAAGCAUCUUUUGGGACUCCAGAAGAUUCUCCAAAAAUGAAACGUAGGUCCCCUAAAGGAAAAUAUGGUAAAGCUAAAGCGCCUCCACCCCCUAAGUUAAAUUUACCAAAACAAAAUAUAGAUCAAGAUAGUAUCGAAAACGAAUUUGAUGCAUACACAACAUCGCAGGAAAGUCUAAACGAUAUUAUUAACCAAAUGCCCAAAAUAGCAGAAAAUAAAACUAAAGGAGGUGGACUUCAAGUAGUUAAUCCCAUCGCUGAAAAGAAAAGACGCCAUAAAUCAAAAUCACCGGGACGAAUCCCAAAAAGCCAUAGUUCAGGCUUGGGUAAAUUACUACAGUUGCCUAACAAAUUUGUAUUUUGGAAUAAAAGUGAUGAUAAACCUAAGGCAGAUAACUAUGUAUUGGACAGUGUAUCUACUUCUGGAGACCAUAGUAGAAGGUCUUCAACUAUUGAAAAACAGAUGGACGAUUACCAAAGCUGUCUGGAUCUUGAUGCUAUCAUAUCUAGUGAAUGUAAUCCUUCGCUAGUCGAUGAUAUGGCAAGUGCUCGAAGCAGUUUAAAAGAUGCGACAGAUGUCGAUAACGAAAUCUUAUCGAACGAUAUAAUCGAGAAGAGUGAUGCUUUGCAGAAAAUUAUAGAGGCUAAAAUAGAGAGUCAUCCUGAAUAUAAGUACGUUUCACUUCACGAAGAAAUACCAACAACUUCCAAAAGUACCGAUGUUUAAGAAGCAUUCCCUAAAUCUUGGAACCAUUAGUUUGCCGGAUUCAAGCAGAAAAAGCAAUGCUGUCGGCCUCCGCUACAAUACCCCGCGCAAAAAAAUCGAAUAAAAGGAAAACGCAAUGAACUUUUUAAAAAUGACAGUAAUAAUAUAAUGUCGAAUGUCACUGUUAGAUAGAUAUAGAGCGAUUUUAAAAAUAAUGCUCUCUAUAGAUUCAGGAGUUUGACAAAGAAAAUAGUAGACUUCAAUUAAUUUCAUUAUUAAUUGACAGUGUA